CGGAAGGCUUGAGGUACAAGUUAAUAAAAGUUGGGGCACGGUGUGUGACGACUCUUGGGAUCUGGCCGAUGCCAAUGUAGUCUGCAGACAACUAGGAUGUGGCCUUGCUCUCUGGCCUCCCGAAGAUGUUAAAAUGACCCAGGUAGCCGCUGCUGUCUGGCUUGAUGAAGUAAAAUGCACCGGAAGUGAAUCGUUUCUGUCCAGAUGUCGUUCCUCACCAUUUGGUCAACACGACUGUGAUCACAAAGAAGAUGUCAUCGUUCUUUGUUCUGGUUCCAGAGUGUCUCCUACUGAACGCGACAAUUCAGCUUUAGGAAACUGGACCCCAUCUAUCAUGGUUACUGUCUGCAUAACUCUUGGAAUUAUAUUCAUCAUUGAGUUUUUAAUACUGUUCACGAUAACGUGGAGACGAUCAGCAAUCAGUGGUACACUAAUGAGUGGCCAAGGAUUACCUGUUGACUUUUACCAAGCAAUUUAUGAGGAAAUUGAAAAUAUUCCACCAUUCAAGAAUUUUUCUGAUAUGCAAGACUCAGGAUUCAUGCCGUUCAAAAAUGAGCUGAGCAGAAGUGAACGUGAUAUUCUAAGCGUGAUUUAA